ACAUGUGCGCCCACGUGAACCCCGAGCGCGCUGAUUGGGAGCGAGGACAACCCCUCGAUGUACCGUCGGGCCAAGUCUUAUUCCCACUCCUUCCCUCCUCGGCGGUGUGCUGGCAGCCCUUAGCCCGACAUACCACCUCGCUGUCCGACUGCGCCACAUGCCGCCUGCGUCACAUUGCGUUUCACGUGCGAGGUCUCUCGUUUGCGUGGAAGGCGAUCGGAGAUCGAGAAGCACGAGGAGGAGACGAACAGCAGCGCCAGGAUGCGUGUGGCUUUGUUUCCUCGUCUAUCCUGCUUUCCUCCACUCCGUUUUGCUUUUUAUCCUGCGACUCCUGCCCUUGGGGCCGAUGAGGUGCGAGUGUCGCAGCACGCGCCUCGUGUGGCGACGACGGACGCUCCUUGAGAUCUCUCUCGGCGAGAGGAGGGGAGAUCGCGGAGAGAGGCAGACUCGCGUCGGGACGAGCGGCGAUCCAGGCCAACGUUUCCUUGUUCUGUCGUGUCUCAACCUCCUCGUUGCCCUCUCUCACCGGAGAAGGAAACGCAAACCCGCAGUGAUGAAAUCAAUGACAUUGCAACGCUCUGUCUCCCUCCCUUUUCCCGCCCGCCACGUCGUGUGCGAGAGACGGCGGGAUCUCUAUCGAGGGGCUCUGUCUUUGCGAUGUAGGAAGCGAGAUUGUCGCGACUCUGGAGCCACGAGCGUGUCCCGCUUGCUACCUAGUAUUCAGCGGAGAGCACCACCGCUUCCGGGUGGACUUGCUCUCCACUCCCUUCCAUUUUCCUUCCCUUCCCUCAGUGCCUAGGAUUAAAGGAGAACCCCGUCUCCGAGGAGGACAGAUCAGCACUGAUUGCCCUCGAAUGAAUGUGGGAGGUCGGGAAAUCAUCGCCGACGCUGUUCAUGCUUCAUCCUCGUCCUCAUGCUGUGUCAGAAA